AAUUCGCAAAAAUAUCCCUCGAAGUUUCAAACUGUCCAAGUACAUGAAUCUGGCCUCCCUAUUUAUUCUUCCCUUCCCCACCCGAUCCUCAUAAAUUCCACUGUCGACAACAUAUCCAUUUCUCUCUCUACUCAAAUCUCUCUCUCAUCAGUUUCAGACAAUUCCGAGCCAGGAAAGCACGGAACAAUCCAUACCCACAAACGAAAUCCGUAAUUCUUAGGAGGGUCGAAGUCGAUUUUGCGAUCAGACAUGUAUGCAGACAGCAUCCAAGGAUCCGAUUUGGCUGUUCUCGGGUCGGCCCACCGGCACUUGAUGGGCGAGCCGGAGUUCUCUGCGAGGAGCUCGGGCGCGUUUGGAGCUCCUAUCUUCUGCCGGAGCUCUAGCUUCGGCAAGCUCUACCCCUGCUUGACGGAGAACUGGGGGGAGCUCCCGCUCAAAGAGGACGACCCGGAGGAUAUGGUCCUCUACGGGGUACUCCGGGAUGCCGUGCACGUCGGGUGGGUCCCGACGCUGUCCGGGUCAUCCGGGAGCUGCCAAAUGGGUUUCGGUUCGGACGUGUCGGUGAAGCCGGAGCCUUACACGUUGCCGGAGCCAACCGCUACUCCGGCCCCGGAGAUGAAGGUUGCCCCUGUUGCAGCCGCGGCCGUGCCCAAGGGGAGGCACUACCGCGGGGUGAGGCAGCGGCCGUGGGGGAAGUUCGCGGCGGAGAUCCGUGACCCGGCCAAGAACGGGGCUCGGGUCUGGCUCGGGACUUACGAAACUGCAGAGGAUGCGGCCUUGGCUUACGACCGGGCCGCUUAUCGGAUGCGCGGCUCCAAGGCCUUGCUGAACUUCCCGCUCCGAAUCAACUCAGGCGAGCCCGACCCGGUCAGAGUGACCUCAAAGAGGUCCUCGCCGGAGCCGGAUAACAGCUCCUCGCCGUCGUCAUCGUUUUCAUCGGACAACGGGUCCCCGAAGCGGAGGAGGAAGGUGGUCGGGCCGGCAGCUCCGGCGACAGCCCAAGUCGGGUCGGAAACAGUGGUCGGAAAUGCAAGUGGACCACAGCAAGUGCAAUUGCAAGUUGAGCCCCAAGUGGCAACUUGUAUACGUGGCGAGCAUCUAUUGAUCAGCGGAUGCUGAUAGCGGCGUACACUAUUAAUACAUUCGUUGUAUUAUUUCUUUGGGCAGAUAUAUAUGGUUUUCUGGGAAUUCCCAUGAAUUUUGGAGGGUAAUAAUGGAAAAGAAUCGGUCUUGCAACUUGUAAGGAAAAAAGGGGGGCCUUUUCCUCCUCUUUUUUUUUUUUGUAAAAAAAUGUGAAUAUAUGAUUGGUUUUUAAUAUUUACGUUCGAUCAA